UCAGACAUACGAUACGUCAGUAAGAUGAGGAGGGUGAUGUCAAGUUUGUGUUGAAAAAUUAUUAAAUUGUCGACGUUUUUGUGAAACAAUUAUGUGAAUAAUGAGAUGAAAGUGUAAAUAAAUGUUUUAUUAGUGUUUUCUAUUGAUUAUGGCGCAUAGUGGUGGUGUUUUGAGUUCCGAUAUAUCAAGGAGGAAUCCACAAGAUGAAUACGAGUUGGUCCAAAGGAUUGGUUCGGGAACCUAUGGCGAUGUCUACAAGGCCAAACGCCUCAAUGGCAACGGUGAACUUGCUGCCAUCAAGGUGAUCAAGCUGGAGCCGGGUGACGACUUCGCCAUCAUCCAGCAAGAGAUACUGAUGAUGAAGGACUGUCGUCACCCGAACAUCGUAGCGUAUUAUGGCUCCUAUUUGCGCAGAGAUAAGCUCUGGAUCUCUAUGGAGUAUUGUGGUGGAGGAAGUUUGCAGGAUAUCUACCACGUAACUGGGCCGCUGACUGAAAUUCAAAUCGCAUACAUGUGCCGGGAGACGCUAACCGGCCUCUCCUAUCUGCAUAGCAUGGGCAAGAUGCAUAGGGAUAUAAAGGGCGCCAACAUACUUCUAACGGAAUGCGGUGAUGUGAAGUUGGCCGAUUUUGGAGUCUCAGCUCAAAUCACGGCAACAAUCAACAAACGAAAGUCCUUUAUUGGAACUCCGUACUGGAUGGCGCCUGAGGUGGCAGCAGUGGAACGGAAGGGUGGUUACAAUCAGCUGUGUGAUAUUUGGGCCUGUGGGAUCACUGCUAUUGAGUUAGCAGAGCUCCAGCCUCCGAUGUUCGAGCUCCAUCCAAUGAGGGUGUUGUUUCUGAUGUCGAAGUCGGGGUUCAAACCCCCGCAGCUUAAAGAGAGAGAGCGCUGGUCGCAACUAUUUCAUGGAUUUCUCAAACUUGCUCUCACCAAGAAUCCCAAGAAGAGACCCACCGCUGAUAAAUUGUUGCAGCACCCUUUCUUCCAACAAGAGAUGAACAAGAGACUGGCGAUAGAUCUCCUUCAGAAAUAUUCAAACCCUCCGUCACAUUGUAAUAAUCAGGAGUUGGACGAAGAUGGAGCGAUAUCCAAUGUGCCACAACGUAUAGCAUCGAAGCACACGGGGCGUGGCGGAAGGCGUGUCUUGGCAGACCAGCCUCCGAACAACAUUAGGCCUAGGAGUUUGGUUGACGACGACAUUAUGACAGCAUCUAGAGUUCGGUUAAUGGAGGAAAGUCGCGAUCGUCGUAGCGGCGUAUACGACGACUCACCCAUCAUAGACUUGGACGCGGAAGACGACCUCAGCCUCGCCUCUAUGCCUAAAGUUAUCAAUUUCGCUGCAGACCUCAAUAACAGCGGGGAUACUGUUAAACGGAAUGCAUACCAUAGACAAACCAGUGAAGAGUGGAGCGUCGCAUCACUAAUGACGUGUCCCAAACACAAUCCCCUUACUCAGGAGUUAUCUUCAGACUCGAUAUCUACUAGUGAAAACAAGUGGUGUCGGGUGAUCACUGGGGAUGAUAUUAUGAGAAUGAGUUUGAGGAGCCUCUUACAGUAUAUUGACGAAGAGUUAAUGCUCAGGGCGACACUACCUCUAACAGCAGAUACGGCAGCCAUGUCGCAGGCUGGCAACAAUCUGUCAAUACACGAUCACCACCUCUCCCAAUGCAUACAGCUGAAGCAGAACUUUUUAAAUAAUUCUUCAACGAACGUCUAUCAAAGUUUAACGAGCUUUCAAACGCCCAUCGGCUCCUCUUCGGCGUCGAUAAACGAACAAAUGUGUAAGAAAGACGAAAUAAUGUACGCCGAUCAUCAGGAAUCGGAAAUUCCAAUCAACUCGAAUUGUGAGUGUGGGCUGUGCCCAAAACCCGAAUCAAAAGACGUGAACACUCUUAGUGAUUUGCAACGCUCUGUCGCACCGAAGUGUUCCUGUGACUCCUGCAACUCGAACGGUGACAUCCUAAGCUAUUAUCGGCAUUGUCCGAACCAAAAUCAAGACUCGGGGAUUGUCAUCUGUGAGGUAUGCAAGAAACAAAAGAUUUCUGUAAGCAAUUUUCGCGCUCUGCAGAUCGCAAAUCGUUUACAAAUAUCGGAUUCGGGGCAGAUUGAAAAUGGCGGUUCGGAUGAUGAGCUGUGUCGGAAGAUCGAUAUAAGUUUGAACAUGGAUGUACAGGAGCAUAGAAAGAGGCAUAAUAGGCACAAUUCGGAUUCGGUCACGGCGGGGAUAGACUUGAAUCAGUUCUGUCAGUGUGAAUUGGAGGGUAGUAAGCGGAAAACUUCGUCGGUAGACGAGAUUUUCAAGAUGGCGGAGGACGGUGGGUCGAGCCAAGAGUUGAAGGAUGAUGAGGUGAAAACGAGCCAACGGCAACGAAGCUUAUCAGAUAGUCAACGGGACAAGGCGAAAGUUGAUGCUGAAGUUUGUGUGACAGGUAGCAGUACACCGCCAGUACCUCCUCGGCGUGCUCGGGGUAGACGAGGUCGAAGCCCAGUGCGACCAGCGCCCAACGGACUACCGCCUACACCCAAAGUGCACAUGGGCGCUUGUUUCUCUAAGGUAUUCAAUGGUUGUCCGCUUCGGAUAAACUGCACAGCAUCCUGGAUACAUCCAGACACCAGGGAUCAGCAUAUUCUCAUAGGUGCGGAGGAGGGUAUCUACACGUUAAACUUGAACGAGCUACAUGAGACUGCUAUGGACCAACUCUGUCCUCGAAGGACGAUUUGGAUGCACGUCAUUAAAGAUGUUCUCAUGUCGCUUUCUGGUAAAACCCCCUGCCUCUACCGGCACGAGCUGUUGGUGUUAACGGGCAGUGGGCGGGCGGGGGCGGGCAGAUCCCUUCGCGUGUUGCCGCCCCGGCUUCUACCCAGGCGGUUCGCGCCUUCCACGCGCGUACCUGACACCAGGGGCUGUACAGUGUGUGCAGUAGUCCGUAACCCAUACAAUGGAUACAAGUACCUGUGCGGGGCCACACCCGCUGGAUUAUUCCUCAUGCAGUGGUACGACCCUCUACGGAAGUUCAUGCUGCUAAAGAACAUCGAAUGUGUUCUACCAUCGCCGUUACUCGCUUUCGAGUUAAUCAUAACUCCGGAACUGGAGUAUCCACUUCUUUGUGUUGGCGUCACCAGGAAACCUAUACGGCUUAAUCUAAUUAAUAUAAACUCGGGUGCGAGCUGGUUCCACUCGGACGAGCUGGAGGUUCGCCCUGGGGGCUCCAACACCGUGAUACCGAGGCCUGAGAGGCUUCACACGCUUAGGGCUGUGCAUCAGCUGAAUAAGGAUGCGGUACUAGUGUGUCACGAAAACGUAGUGGACAUAAUCCCGGUGCUUCCCGGGUUCGAUUCCCGGCGGCAAGACGAUAGACGGAGGAGCAAGUUGCCGCAAAGACUGCAGUUUGACUUCCAGAUUGAUAGCAUAUUGUGUCUGGCGGACUCGGUGCUGGCCUUCCACCGCAACGGCAUGCAAGGUCGGUCCUUGAGGAACGCUGACGUCACUCAGGAAAUAGUCGACCACUCGCGCGCAUACCGACUAGUCGGACACGACAAAGUUGUAGUACUAGAAUCGCACGUACUCCAAAACAACACGCUCUCAGGCGAAGACGGGAACGAUCUGUAUAUUUUGGCCGGACACGAGGCCUCGUACUAGUUACCCAUAGUUGCGGCCAAUCUCUAUAGCGUAGUUAUAUUUUCAGAUAUUCAAAUCAAAUAUAUUUUGAUGGAGUUAUAACGAUUGGCCGUUAUUUAUUUUAAUCGAAAUAUUUUUCUAAUUACCUGCGUUCCUAGUAGGAUUCAAAAAAAUUAUCCUACCCCGUAUUAAGAUAAAAAAAUCAGUUUGCCAUUCACCAGUGACGGUGCCGCUAUACUCCAAUUUAUAUUUCCGUAGAAUUCUGACAGCUAUCAUUUUUUGACAUGUCAGAGAUAACAACCUUUUUGGCCGGGCUAUUUCAAUACGAGUCUGAACAUUUGCGUUCAACAUAUACGAGUCAAAACAUACAUGUGAAUGUAUCUAUUUUGUUAAAUGGCUCCACUUUAAAAACAGUUUUACGGCGAGUGAUAAUUACGUUCCUUUUCAUCACAAAAUGUAAAAAACGCACAAGUAAAGAAAACAUUUUACUUUAUUAAAAAGGUUUGCUAAACCUGGAAUUAAUGGGCAGCAUGCAAAGAAUAAAAUGAAGUAAUUAAAGUUUAAUCGAUGUUCUGGAUAUUAAAAUUUUGUUAUUAAACAGUUUUAUUUUUGUAUCAUCUCACCUGAGUAAGUAAAUAUUUAGAUUUAGAAUUCUGACGGCUAUAAUUUUUUGACAUGUCAAAGAUUGCAAACUUUUUGGCCGGGCAAUUUCAAAACGAGUCGAAACAUACAUUUUAUUUGUUAGUGAAUGUAUCAAUUUUUCGGAGGAGAAUUUUUAACUACACACAAUAGCAACACCUAUGAAAUGUCAGAAUUCUACGGAAUUGAAAAUCAGAGUAUAGACUGUUUUUUAUGAAUGGGGUAUUUCUAUGUAACCAUAACCUGUGUUUUGCACAGAUAACAUAGCAUAGAUUAAAAUGCCGCAGAGGUAAUAAAAAUAUGUAAUUAUCGUAUACCUAUGAGUUAUAGGAACGCAGUAUUUAAAUCUUUAUGUUUGCAAAACAAUUAACACAUAUGUUAUAGCACUGCCCUACUCCAUUCCAUGGAUGACAUUGAAGCAAUAAAUUAUAGAAUAUUUUAGUUUAUUCGCAAACUUGUUGAGAUUACGCAAAUUUUGAACCAGUGACAUAGUUUGCUAUUCUCAUAAUUAAAGCAUCCUUUUCUCAAGUUGGAUAAAUAGUUUUAAGAUGAGAUGACAAAAAUUUUAAACUUAAAACAUAUCUUGCAAAAAACUGUUUAAUCUGGUUUUUUCGUUGUCUGUAGGAAUUAAUCCAGUGAUUUUAAUGAAUUCUAAAAAAAUACUAAUGCAAUCUCCGACAAGUUUGCCUGUUAGUGAAUAUUUAAUGGGAGUUUAGCUAAUUUAACAGAUAUUUCUGUCUCUAUCACACACGUAUACAUGAGAAGGACAGGAAUAUGUUUGAGUUUCAAUCGUACACUACGACAAUUUAUAAUGAAUUUAUUUAAAAUUAAUGUACUUCAUUUUGAAUUAUUCAAUAAAUGUAUUCUUAUAUAAUAAAAAUUAAUAAAUCUAUAUGAAUGUUAUUAAAAGCGUUUAAUUAUGUCGAUUUAGGCUUUCUAGCUAUAACGUUGAAAUAAUCGUUAUUUUCAUAUGACGUUACUGUGAUUUAGAUGCGACGGCAUUUUAAAGUAUUUAUUGAUAUGUGAUUCAUUUAAAGCCAACAAUGUAUGAAAAAGACAAACUAUAUUUUGACAUUUGUGUCUACGAUAACGCGCAAGAGACGUUUUAGGAGCAGCUAGCCUCAAGCAAACAAAAUUGUCAUUGGCCAUUUUUUUAAUACACAAGUGUCAGAAUGUAGGAUCGUUAUAAUAUGAAUAGUUUAUAGUAACCGAGAAAAUAUUAAAUUGCUUAUUUUGUAAAUAUAUAAAAUUCCAAUUAGUGUUAGUCAAUUGUAUUAUAGACUAGUUUAGUUCAAUUUUAGUUGAGUGAACUAAAAUGUUACAUUUUAGUUUGUUCAACUGAAAUGUAUUUGGUGUAACGAGGCUUCGACUCGAUAUGGACUGUUUAUUUAUUAACUGUGUUGUUUAUUUGAUUUGCAUGUUUAGAAAUCUGACGUUCGUUACGGGAUGAAUACAUUCGAAAGUCAGAAUGAUUUAUGUAAUGUCAUUAUUAAUAAUAUAAUACAAGUAAAUAUGAUAUUCAACAUCUGUCAACUUGACAGUUGACGUGCGUCGCUCUACAACUGAGCGGGUGUUUUGGAACCAGGUGCCCACUGAUGUAUUUCCGAACCAAUUCAAAUUAGCAUCCUUCAAGAAACGAGUUUACCAAUUUUUAAAUGCUGGCCACGCACUCGCGAGACUUCUAGCAUUGAGUGCCCGUGGGCGCCAGUAUCAUUAAACAUCAGAUGAGCCUCCUAGCCCCCUUUUCUAUAAACAAUAAUAGUAAAACAGCGCUUAAAGUUACAGUUCCAUUUAUCUACAUGUUAAUUAAUGACUUAUGGCAGAUUUAAAAGUUAGUUUAAUCUUAAACAUGACUUCAAAUGGAAUUAAAUAUAAUUAAGGCAAAAGUGUCUUAAAGCCAGUCUAGUUCUUAGUUUAAUUCGUCAUAUUUAUACCGUAACAACUUCAGUUUUUCCUUCGUGAGAUUAUCUCUCUGGUUGUAUUUUAGCACACAGCACUUUCAUUUAAGAUGACACUUGAAUAAUAAAACAUACCAAAACAUAUGAAACAUUUUUAUGGAUAGUUGUAGUACUUACCACUUGUAGUACCGACAAAGCUUAUUCUUGCAAAACAUAAGUGUGGUAUGUUUUAUUAAAUUCUUAAUACAAUGUAAUGCUUUAAUCCAGUUAAUUUACUCUUGUAAUAAAAUUUUAAUUUGA